GAGUAGAAACCUUCGCUACGGAGCAUCAAAGGUGCAGGGAAAGUUAUUCUCUGCUUUUUAGGGUACUUUCUAACAUUGGGAGUAUCGUGAAUCUUCGUAUACAUGUUGGAUAUUACUGAGGAAAUAUGAUGGAUAUACAACGCGUCUAGCAAUUGUAUUUGAGAAUUCAGCGCAUAAUGCGCCAUCAUUGAUUUGCUUUAAAUUGCAUAUACUAUUCGAUAUUUCAGUAAGGAUUAGCAAAUCUGUUGAAAUUUGAAACAACAUAUUUGCCACCUGGGAAUAACACGGUGAAACACCUGUAACUUUUGCACUGAGGACUAGAGGAAUUACUGAAAGAAUACUUCAGACUGACGCACUAAAUGGAAAUACAACCUGCCUUUAUUUGCAUUAGUGUAAAACAGAUCAAGUAUGCUGAAGGCUGUUUGACUGGCAGCUAUGGGACCAAAAAGAGACUCUUUUCUGGAUGUUACCAUGGUGACGGCACUGUGCCUUCUGUGGGUCACUCAUGGUCAGAAGCCAGAGGUGCGUGCCAAGGUAGGGGGUGUGGUGGAGAUGGCGUGUAGACUGCCACUCCCUUACGCGGGUGAGUCUGUGCCCCUGCACGUGGUGGAAUGGGUGCGCCAGGGAUUCGACAUCCCAGUCCUAAUGAAGUUUGGAGUGUAUGCUCCUCGGGUGCAUCCCAACUACGAGGGCCGUGUGUCUCUGGUGAGGAAUACUGUCUUAAGGGUGAAGGGGCUCCUCAUAGAGGACCAGGGCCUGUACGAGUGUCGUAUCCUCCUGCUGGACAAAACCACAGAUGAGACCCGCAAUGGCACCUGGACCCUGCUGUCUGUCACCGCUCCUCCUAUUUUCAGCAAGACCCCUCCCCCUGUCAUGGAGGCUCUAGUGGGGAAUCCUCUCUCUCUGGCCUGCGUUGCCCAUGGUAACCCACCACCCACCAUAACCUGGGCUAAAGAUGGUACUCUCAUUGAAGGAGAUAAGGUUGAGGUUCUGAGUGGAACGCUGUCUCUCAGAGCAGUGGACAGGGAGGCAGGAGGACAGUAUGAAUGUCUCGCCUCCAAUGCGGAGGGCAAUGUGACUCAUGUGACAAAAGUUAAAGUCAAAGGUCCUCCAGUCAUUGUUAUCCCCCCGAAGGACACCUCCCUCAACAUGACCCAGGAUGCCCAGCUGCAGUGCCAGGCUUUGGCUGAUCCUCCCAACAUGACCUAUGUGUGGCAGAGAGAGGGAGAGAAUGUCUACCACAUAGAGGCUCUGAAGUCCCGUGUGAAGAUCAUGGUGGACGGCACCCUGCUCAUCACCCGCAUUACCCCAGACGAUUCUGGGAACUAUACCUGCAUGCCCACCAACGGACUGUUGACUCCGCCUACUGCAUCUGCCAAUCUCACUGUGACACACCCUGCCCAGGCUCUCCUGAUGCCACCACAGACAUAUCUCCCCACAGGCCUGGGAGGUCUGGUCUCCUGCCCCGUGAGAGCUCAGCCACCCCUGCUCCGCGUCGACUGGACCAAGGAUGGACAGCCACUGGAUCUGGCCAUGUACCCAGGAUGGACGUUGACAUCUGAAGGCUCGGUGUUCAUGGCGACUGCCAAUGAUGAUGCAACAGGCGUAUACACGUGUACCCCCUACAACAGCUACGGGACCAUGGGCCAAUCAGGGCCCACGACAGUCAUCCUACAGGACCCCCCGUCACUCAGCGUGUGUCCCCGUAAGGAGUAUAGACAGGAGGUUGGGAGAAUGCUUGUUAUUCCCUGCCAGACCACUGGAGAUCCAGCCCCUAGUAUAACCUGGAGCAAGGUUGGACCUGCCACACGCUCUCAGUACGCUGUAGCAGCUAACGGCUCCCUGCUGCUGCUUCCUCUCAGUAAAGACCACCAGGGGGAGUGGAUGUGCAGCGUUACAAACCGCGUGGCCACUGUCAAAGCCAGCACUCUCAUCUCAGUGCUGGGCACCAGUCCCCAUGCUGCCACCCUGGUGUCUGUCACUCCAGGGGCGAAGCAGGCCAAUGUCUCCUGGGAACCAGGCUUUGAUGGGGGAUACACCCAGAAAUUCACAGUCUGGUUGAAGCAGAUGUCUGUUGGUGACAGUGGGGAGAAACAGGAGUGGCUCUCUGUGCCUGUGCCCUCCUCCUCUGGCUCCAGUCUGCAGGUGACUGGGCUGGUCCCUGCCACAGAGUACCAGUUCAGUGUCCUGCCACACAAUAAAGUUGGCACUGGGCCUUUCAGCGAAAUCGCCACCACCCGAACUCUGAAUCCACUCCCAAGGAGAGCGAAACUAGAGCCACCCACAUCGCUGUCAGCCAAUCAGAGCUUGGCAGGUAUAGUCCUGCAGUGGUCCCCCUAUUCUCAGUUCCUGCCCAUCACUGGAUUUGUCCUCCAAUCGCGCACUGAGCAAGGGGAGUGGUUCAAUCUGGACGAGGACAUUGGUGCCAAUAGGAGUGUGAUGAUCGUUCCAGGUCUGCGCAAGGACUGUGUGUACGAGCUGCGGCUGCUGUCCCGGCGAGGGGAGUUGCUGAGCGAGCCCAGUCCAUCAGUCAACGUCUCCACCAUGGGGAUGGAUAUGUACCCUGCCACUUCCCGCUUCCUGGAGUUUGUUCCCGAGCCGCUAUUGGCUGGAGUGAUGGGCGGCGUGGGCUUCCUGUGUUUGGCCCUCAUCCUGGUCCUGGGGACCGUGUGUAUCUUCAGUCACAAGAGAGACCAGCGACGCAGGAAGAUGACAGAUGAUCUCCCUCCUGCCAUCUAUAAAAGCCCCCCCUCAACCAGGUCGCUUGCUAGCAGUCCAGACAGUGUGCUGAAGCAGAAGCUCCUCCCUUCCCACUGCCACCCCCACUAUCCCGGUUCCCACUCCUCCUGCUCCUCCUCCCAGUCAGACCACUCCUCCUUUGGCAGAGACAGCCACAGUGAAUACAAGGACCAGCGCCAGCAGCUGCUCUCCUGCCCCCCACCUCCUCCUCACUAUGCCGCCCACCACCAUCACCACCUCCCCAGGAUAGGCUCUUCCCCCAAUUCCCCUCUGGAGUUUAUCUCUAGAGGUCCAGACGGUCGCUUCAUUGAGCUGCCCUACGACCAGGUCUCCGCCCCCUCCUCCAACACCAUGAGAUCCCUGAGGAAAGACUUCCCACAAUCCACUGGGGUCCAGAGGUCAGUGUCCCUUCGCUCUGAGAAGAGGGUGGGGAGGGAGCCGCCUUUUGUCCUCUCAGUGGACCUACCCCCCUGUGGUGGAACUGACCCCAACCCCACGACCAGGGUCCGGGCCAUGGCCAAACACCUCUCCCUCCACGGACGCUUCUACCUGGAUGAGGAGAAGGACAGUUGUGCUGGACAUCCAGACAAGAGUAGUCUCUACUCAGACAGUAACUCAGACAUGUCCCCCCAGCCAAGCCUGGAGGAAAGCAAUCCAGGAUACCCAUCCCUAAAGCGGGCUGUCCAGCCAGCCACUGCCAGCACCCUGGUCCUGCAGAUGGAGCAUGAGAAGGAGACCGGCAACCUGAGCAGGUGUCUGAAGCUGGCCCGGGAGAGAGAGGAGCUGGAGAGAGAGCUACGGAAGUACACACUUGAUAGUAACGCUACUUUAGACGGCAAGAGAGGGGGACCAGGCAGCGACGAGGUGAGGUGGAGAGAGUUUGAAGAGUGCGAUCCAAUAUGGAAACCUCAGGACAACACUUCACCACACAGUCACCCCCAUCAUCUCAGUCACCCCCAUCAUCUCAGUCACCCCCAGGUCAACAGGGGGUGCUCAAGCAGGGCCAAAGGCCCUUCACCCCCGUCCUAUAUUAUCUGGGAGGCCAGCCCUCUCACUUCAGCCACCAGCCUUGUCCCAGCACAUCAGACCCCCUCUGAGAGGACAGCGGCCCUCAACUGUGACCCUCCACUCACCCAGUGUCCCUCUCUGUCUCCUGUCACACAACACCCCUUCAGGUCAGAGAGACCAGAGUGUCACUCUAAGAGGAGGGUGAGCCAACAGCUACUAGACAGGCAGGAAGGGAUGGAUACUGCUAGGGUCAAGACACACACAGGGCUUUGUGAUGAAACUAACAUAUCAACAGAGCUGAAGAGAGGUGACUUGGAGUCACAUGAAUGGAAUGGCAAGAGCAAUCAAUGUAAUGUCAGCAUUUCACACAAGUCUAAGCCAGAUGUCUCUGUCAACAAAGUGCCUGGUUCAUGGAGAGUGGAGUUAGCAAGGUCACAGCCAUGUGAAGAGUCAUCUCUACACACAUCGGUUGAUCUCUCAGAAUGUGUAGAAAUGACUGUGGAUGAACCAGAGGAUGAAGGCUCGAUGGAUCCUCCUACAAAUCCCAUAAGGCACCAGAGACAUGCCCAUCAGGUAAACAAUGAGUCCCCAUUGGCUGAGAAAGACCACAGAGGACCACAGACCAUGAAAGGCCACAGAGCCCAUCCAUUGGCCCACAGGAAAAGCCCAGUGCCUAGGGAGGAGCGGGAGAAGUGGCACAGGAGGUCAUCUCGGAGCAGAAGCCCAGCUACCAUUCAGCCUCCUAGGCCGGCGCUCAGGAAGGCUAUCAGUCUCGGAGGCUUUCAGAACAGGAACGGCAGCAACCACCAACGCAGCCAGAGUCUAGACUCCAGGAGACAAUCCCUGGGUAACUUCCUGACGCCUGAUGCCUGGGUCGACUCUCUCAGCCAGGAGAACUGCUCCUCUCCCUUCUCCUUCCGCCCAGACUCUGUCUUCUUUGAACCCGAAAACUCCUUAGCUCCUGAGACCCCCACUCACACAGAGGCCCCCCUUGCUUCUCUGCCUCACCCUCCCCGCCACCUCCCCCCCAGGACACCCGACCUCCCAGCAGGGCCCCACAGCAGCUCUGUGAAGCAUAUGGGGGUGAUAUGCACAUCCAAAGCGUAAGAAGACCGGUGCUGGAGAGACAGACGCAGCUCCCCCCAACCCCUCCUUCAGUGCCUUCCAGCCCCAGUCAUCCCCCCCACGACCCCAGGAAGAAGGCUUCCAUCUUCCCAGACGCCUACAGGUGGCCCAUCACCUACCAAGAGGCC